AUGAUAGAAGGAUCAACUAAAGGAGAAAGUGAUAUACCACUCUAUUUAUUCACUUAUAAUUGCAACAAACGAGUUAUAGAUGCAAAUGUAUUUAAAUCCAAAGUAUCGCAAUCAUUACCACCAAAAGAUAAUCCUUCCCAUUUAUACGUUUUUGCUCUUCAAGAGUUUUGUACUAUUCUUGAUGGUUCAUUCAAGGCAUCAGCAAACCAACAAUUAAUCGCUUAUAAUGAAUUACUCCAAGUUAUGCUAUUUGAAGAGUAUGGAACAGAUCAUUUUCAAACUAUUGCUAUUAAUCAUACAGGUGCAGUUGGAUUAAUCAUUAUAACCCCCUACCCACUGAAAUUCCAAAAUGUGAGAUUAGCAAACACUUCUUGCGGGUAUGGAUAUAGCUCAAUGAAAGGUGGAGUUGGUGUUAGGUUGAGAUAUUACCCAGAAGGGAAGUAUGGAGAUAAUUCAGUAGAAUUGAGUUUUGCAGGAAUUCACUUAAAUGCAUAUGAAGGAGAGUAUUAUUAUUUACAAAGAAAUGCCAAUUUAUUGAGAAUUGUUAGAAGUCUUGAUUUUGGAGAUGGAUAUGGAUUAAUCAAACCAAACAAUCAUGUUUUCAUUUUAGGGGAUUUAAACUAUAGAACAACCAAAGAGUACAAGAAAACUUCAGUUGUGGCACAGAAUUUGUUAUCUUUGGCUGACCAACAUAGUGAGGUUGACACUGAAUAUGUUAAUCAGUUAUUUGUCCAAUACGAUGAACUUCAUAAUGCAUUGAAAAACGGGGAGGUAUUAUUUGGAUUUUCUGAAGGUAAAAUUGAUUUCAAACCAUCGUAUAAGUACUAUCUAAACACUGGUAUCUACAACUCAAAACGAUGUCCUUCGUGGUGUGAUAGAAUAUUGUUUUUAUCUACGUAUGAAACGACAGGUAACGAUGAUUUGGGAUUACAAUUAUUGAGAGCAAAAGGCAAAGACUCAAAACAGAAAAACGAAGGGCUCCCCGUGGUGGGAAAAUAUGAUUGUAUUGAUGAAUUAUUAUUAUCUGAUCAUCGUCCUGUGUUUGCACAUAUCGACAUACCAUUUGCACCCCCUAAACUGAUUAUAUCACCAAUGUCAGGCUGUUUGGAAAUAGUUUCAACAGGGUUAACUCUGGAUGAAUCGUUUUCGGGGUUUGAGCAGUUACAGGGAAUAGACAAUAAUACUCAUAUAGAGAGUGGUCCAACUUCCAUUUACUUGAAACCAACAAAAUUAGAUCUUCUAAUUCAUACGCUCGUUACACCCUUUAUGGAUACGACCAUAGGGUAUGGGCUUUGGUUUGGAACAACAAGCGAGGGAAGAUUAGUAUUGUUGAUAUUUGCAUUGUUAUGUUUUUCAUUGUGGUAUCUUUUUUAG